CCUGAUGACUAGUCACUUUAUUCAAAGCACAAGAGGCUUCGACAGCACCUCUCCACAUUAAGACACGUUUUGGAGCAUAUUUCUACAACAAACAUAUUUGCAAAACAAGUUUCAUACUGUAGCUUUAACACCACUAUAAUAGGCUACAUGUAAUUCAGUCACAUUCUUGGACAAAAAAAGAUUUACACUUUAUUAUGUAAACAUGACUAAAACGUCAAUCUAAUGCAACUAACCCCAAAAUAACCCAUACCUUCGGCAUGAUUAUAUUAAAAGUUGACUGGGCUUCUAUAUUACAGCCCCUAAAACGACCAUGAAGUUCAGUUAACACCUCUCUAAUAGAACUUUUUGGCAUAUUGCUAUAGAGGCUAAUGUCACAACUCCUUUUUAUAAACACAGACUGUAAUGUUUAAACUGGGCUGAUUAUCCCUGCGCCACAUCUUUGAUGAAAGCUUUUUUUUGGACAGAUUUGCAAAGCGAGUCAGUUUUGUCGACAGCCACACAUCUCUCACUGGCCUCUCCUUCUCUGCUGAUUGUUUUCCUCCUGAGUGAACCUUUUCCUGGCGAUGCUGGGCAGGUGAGCAGCAGCACAGACAGUUGUCAGCAGUGAGAUGAAGUGCGUCGGUGUUGGUCCAGCCUUCUCCUCCUCCGUCGCAGCAUCAGUAGUAGCAUCGCAAGAUGGUAGCAGCGCACACUUCUUCACAUUCCUCGGAAUCUACCGAGUGGAUUAUUUGUCUGGAUAAGAGACCAGCAGAACGCUCUGGGGAAGAUGUUGACAUAAUCCUGGCACAUCUGAAAAACGUGAAGGCCUUUGAGAGAUUCCACCCCAAUUUGCUGCAGCAGAUUAGCUUGUGUGGAUUCUAUGAGUGCUUGGAGAAAGGCAUCACCUUGUAUCGGCAAGGAGACAUUGGCACCAGUUGGUAUGCUGUCCUCUCUGGGUCACUGGAUGUUAAAGUGUCUGAGACAUCAAGUUAUCAUGAUGCUGUUACUAUAUGCACACUGGGGACUGGUACAGCGUUUGGAGAGUCGAUCCUGGACAACACCCCCCGGCAUUCCACCAUUGUCACACGGGAACUCAGUGAGCUCCUACGUAUUGAAAAAAGGGAGUUUAGGUCUCUGUGGGAGAAAUAUCAUCAGUGCAUGACUGGACUGCUUGCCCCUCCCUAUGGUGUGAUGGAAAGAGGUUGUAAUUCUAACAAAAUGCCAAACAAAGAGAACAUAAGCAACAACUCACUUGUUUCAGUCACCAAGCAUCAGGAUAAGGUUCCCUCUGAGAAGGUUAUGCAUGCUGGGAGGAUUCUCCGUAAUGCCAUCCUUUCCCAGGCACCUCACAUGAUCAGAGACAGAAAGUACCAUCUUAAGAUAUACAGACAGUGUUGUGUGGGGACUGAGUUAGUUGACUGGCAAAUGCAGCAGAGCUCAUGCAUCCACUCUCGCAUUCAGGCUGUGGGCAUGUGGCAGGUGCUGUUGGAAGAAGGCGUUCUCAAUCAUGUUGACCAGCAGCUGAGCUUCCAGGACAAGUACCUUUUCUACCGCUUCCUGGAUGAUGAACAGGAGGAUGCCCCUUUACCCAGUGAGGAGGAGGUGAAGGAGAGCCAAGAGGAGCUCCAGGACACUCUGCUUCUCCUCUCACAGAUGGCACCUGACGCCCACAUGAGGAUGAUUCUGAGGAAACAUCCAUCAGAAAGAACAGCAGAUGAUUUGGAGAUUAUUUAUGAAGAGCUGCUCCAUAUAACAGCCUUGUCUCAUCUAUCCACCACUGUAAAGAGGGAACUGGCAGGGGUGCUGAUCUUUGAAUCCCAUGCAAAGGCGGGUACAGUGCUGUUCAAUCAAGGGGAGGAGGGCACAUCAUGGUACAUUAUUUUAAAGGGCUCAGUCAAUGUCGUCAUCUAUGGAAAAGGUGUUGUUUGCACACUUCAUGAAGGAGACGACUUUGGGAAGUUGGCUCUGGUCAAUGAUGCCCCACGCGCUGCCUCCAUUGUCCUGCGAGAGGACAACUGUCACUUCCUCAGAGUAGACAAGGAGGACUUCAACAGGAUUUUGAGGGAUGUGGAGGCCAACACAGUGCGUCUGAAAGAGCAUGGUCAAGAUGUCCUGGUAUUAGAGAAGAGUGUCACCCAUGGAGCCUCUUCCUCCCAUUACAAAUACAAGGUAAUGCUGGGGAUGCCUGAGAAGAUUUUGGAGCACCUUCUUGAAAUGAUGCGAUUGGAUUCUCAAUUCACAGAGUCAGACUCAGCCUUAGAUGACUUUGUGCUCACGCACUGUGUCUUCAUCCCAAAUGAUCAGCUCUAUCCUGUGUUGAUGGCCCACUACCAUGCACAGGCUUUGCAGGGCUCUGAACAGGAGAAACUGGACUAUGCACUGAACAACAAGCGCAGGGUGAUCCGUCUGGUGCUGCAGUGGGCUGCUGUACAUGGAGAUCACCUGCAGGAGGACGAUGUCUCGGUGGCUUUCCUAAAAGAGUUUCUCAUGGUGGUAUCCAAUGAUGCCAAAGUGAUUCCAGCUCUAAGGGAUCAAAUAACAGAGUUGGAGAGAACUGUAAAGUGCAACACUGAAGAUGCCAAAGUCUCACAGAAAAAGAACAAAGUCCUACUGCAGCCGUUCAGUACAGGAGAUGAGAAACUUCAGAAACGUCAGCCUAUUAGGGGUAAUGAUGAAAUUCUGUUCAAAGUCUACUGCUGUGACCACACCUACACCACAAUCCGGGUCCCUGUGGUCGCCUCAGUCAGGGAAGUCAUCGGUGCUAUGAAAGUGAUCUUCAAGUCCAACGAUGUUUCGGUGUUCUCCACUCUCAGCAUAAACGGCCGGCUGUUUGUCUGCCAGAGGGACCAGUUAGAUUCUCUGACCCCUUUACCUGAACAGGAGGGUCCCUCGACGGUGUCCCUGGCCAGCUUUGAGGUGAUGAGCUCUAAGGAUGUCGCUUACCAUAUGACCUCUUAUGACUGGGAGCUUUUCCACUGCGUACAUGAGCUUGAACUCAUCUAUCAUACAUUUGGGAGGCAAAACCUGAGGAAAACCACUGUGAACUUGGACCUGUUUCUGAGGAGGUUUAAUGAAAUUCAGUUUUGGGUGAUCACAGAGAUGUGUCUGUGCUCUCAGCUCAGCAAGAGGGUGCAGCUUCUCAAGAAGUUCAUCAAGAUCGCUGCCCACUGUAAGGCGUACCAGAAUCUGAAUACCUUCUUCGCUAUCAUUAUGGGACUGAGUAACCCAGCGAUAAGCAGGCUGAGUCAGACCUGGGAGAAACUUCCCAGCAAAUUCAAGAAGUUUUACAGUGAAUUUGAAAACUUGAUGGACCCGUCCAGGAACCACCGCGCAUACCGACUGACAGUUGCCAAACUGGAACCUCCCAUCAUUCCCUUCAUGCCGUUGCUGAUCAAAGACAUGACGUUCACUCAUGAGGGAAACAAGACAUUUAUCGACAAUUUGCUCAAUUUUGAGAAAAUGCGGAUGAUCGCUAACACAAUGAAGAUGGUGAGAUACUGCAGGAGCCAACCGUUCAGCCCAGAUUCACCACUGGCCGGCAAGAACCACCCAGAAGUUCAGACUUACGUGCGUCACCUUAAAGUGAUCGAUAACCAAAGGACGCUAACUCAGCUCUCUCAUGGACUAGAGCCUCGCAGAUAUCACCAUCGUCUCCAACUCUAACAAGAGGAACAACUGAAGAAAUACAAAAUCUUUGGAGGAUUUCAUUGAUCAGAUUGUUAUGUAACAUUUUACGUAUAAACACUAUGUGACGCCGACGCUUUAAAAUCACAGUCUUCAUAUUCCUAUAUGCACUUGUUUUGUAACUUUUGUAUCAAACAAUAUUUAAAAGUAUUUAAGUUUGUGAAAUAUUUAUGUGUUGUAAAUUGUGUACAACUAUUUAUUUUGACAUCAGCAUGCAAAAGAUUUGCUUUUUAUUUAUGUGAUCACAUUUUUCUUUGGUGGUCUGAGAUUCUUAUUUUAUUUAUUUAACCUUUAUUAAACAGUCCAGGUGAGAUUUCACACCUCUUUUUCAAGGAAGAUGUGGCCAAAAUGGCAGAAUUUGCAACUGUAAGUGUCUGAAACCUUUUAUGUGCUGUAAACAUGAAAUAGUUUAGCUGUAUUUAUGUGGCAAACUGUUGCUAUUGUUUUGCUCUCGUAUUUCAUUAAUAAGUUGAUUCCAACCACAUUAAAAUAGCAGUUUCUGAUUAAUCAUAAAUAAAAGUGGUUCUAUCUUGAGAACUGUUACAUUUGCGCAUGCAGUUGUUAGUGCAGGACGCAUCCUCCUCAGGACUAGUUAGCUUUAGUCAAAGAAUCCAUGGCAUGCUCAUUUUCAGUCAUUUAAUGUUUAAUCUUGGGUACCUCUAGAUUAGCUUUCCACCCAUCAUAAUGCCAAAUAGUCUGUAAUUAUUUCAGAAUGAUAAAACCUGAUAUCACAUAGAGAGCCUCCUCCUAAAAAUGAGAGGAUAUUUCAUGAAUGCGCACAACUCCUGUUGCCAGUCAGG